AUGGCAAUCAAUUGUUUAUCAGCUAAUGAAGAUGAAGAAUUAUUAGCUAAGAUUAAGGACACUUAUAUAUUUCAUGUUAGUUAUGAGAAUAGAACCUCCUUACAACUGGGUGAGAAUCCUUUUCUGACCAUCAGUACUCGAAUGCUAUUGCAACUUCUUGAAGAAAAAAUGAAGCUUGAUGAUGUUUUGUUUAAAUACGAGUCAUCAUAUUCAUUAUCUGUUAUAUUAUUGAUCGCUGAACAUCAGAACUGUGAUCUAAAGAAUAUUACAGUUAUUUUAAUUAUAGAUAGCAUGCAAUAG